AUGCCUCUAGAAACAGUCACCGCGGCCUACCAACAGCUGGAGGCGGCGUGGGGGCGGAGGGACCUGGACGACACGGGCACCAAACUCUCCCAAAUGAGAGUUCUCAUCCUCUCACUCUCCUUCCUCCCCUCGGAGAACGCCAGCCUGGACCCGAGGGAGCUCGUGUUGGCCCGAAACACCCUGGAGAUUGGCGCCCUCUGGAGCAUCGAGAAGCGGGACAUCCCCUCGUUCCAGCGCUACAUCGCCCGACUCAAGUGCUACUACUUCGACUACAGUUCCCUCCUCCCAGAGUCGGCGUUCAAGUACCAGAUCCUGGGCCUCAACUUUCUCGGUCUGCUGGCGGAGAACCGACUGGCCGAGUUCCACACGGAGCUGGAGAGGCUGACCGUGGAGGAACUCAAGAACAUAUACAUCAAGCACCCGAUAUCGCUGGAGCAGUUCCUCAUGGAGGGAAGUUUCCACAAAGUUCUCCUGCUGAAAGGCAACGUCCCGGCACAGAACUACAACUACUUCAUGGACAUACUCAUAGGUACCAUCAGGAACGAGAUAGCUUCCUGCAUCGAGAAGGCGUACGGAAAGAUAUCGGUCGCUGAGGCGGCAAAGGUUCUGAUGAUAGAGUCAGAGGACCAGUUGGAGCAGUACGUGAGGGAACGGGAGUGGGCCACGAGCGACGACAGAAACUUCUUUGUCUUCCCACGACAGGAAAAGAAAGAGACGCUCCAUUUUGUGCAAAACCAGCUGCUCAUACAGGAGUACCUUGGCUACGCUCGCGAGCUUGAGAAGAUAGUCUGA